UAUAGUUCGCCGAUUAGGUUCAUGCUAAACUGCUCAAGAACAAUAGAUUAGUUUUUCUGUAUGGCUCAAAUGUAUGGAAUUUCACUCUGCAUAUUAUUUUGCUUCCUGGGUUGUGCUGAAGUUGAUGAAAAAGUGCAUUACAACAGUCCUAGUGUUGUGGACGAGGUUGACGUUGGUGUGAUUCUUGAUAUGGGAUCAAGGGAAGCAAAACUUGUUCUCAGUUGCAUUUCAAUGGCCCUGUCUGAUUUCUACAAUCUGCACAACAACUACAGCACAAGAGUAGUUCUCCACAGUAGGGAUUCCCAUGGAAAAGCUCUACAUGCUCUAUCAGCUGCUGUUAGUCUGUUGGAUAACAUCAAAGUGGAAGCAAUAAUUAGUGCAGAACCAAGAAUGGAAGCAGACCUAUUGGAAGAAUUAGGAGGAGUUGAAGUCCCAGUAUUGUCUCUGUCUCAACCUAUUCCUUCUCCUCCUCUGACUCAUAGAUAUCCCUUCUUCAUUGAGAUCAGACAGGAUGAAACUUCUCAGGUUAUGGGAAUUGUUUCCCUUAUUAAAACAUACAAAUGGAAGGAUGUUAUCCUUCUAUAUGAGAGCACAAAAUAUGCAUACAACAUCAUUCCAUCUUUGAUUAGUUCUUUCCAAGAGAAAAAUGUCUAUAUUUCAUAUAAGAGUUCCAUAUCUGCCUCCUCAACAAAUCAACAAAUCAUUGAGGAGCUCCACAAGCUCAUGAUAUUGAAGACUAGGAUAAUUUUGGUGCAUAUUUCCCAUGUGCUCAUGCCUCGCCUAUUCUUAAAUGCAAAAAGGUUAGGAAUGAUGAGAGAAGGGUAUGCCUGGAUUGUGACAUCAACUAGUAUGAAUUUCUUGCAAUCCAUGGACUUAUCUGUCAUUGAGUCUAUGCAAGGAGUUCUGGGUUUCAAGUCUUAUAUUCCGGCUUCAACCAACCUCCACAAACUUACUUCCAGAAUCAGGAGAAAAUUUUACAUUGAGGAGCCUGAUAUGGAACUAGGUAGGGAGUUAAGUGCAGAUGGAAUCUGGGCAUAUGAUGCAACUUGGGCUCUAUCAGAAGCAGUUGAGAGGACAAGAAUCAAAAGUUCUACUACUGGAUCCUCCAAGCAUGGAGUUGACCUUUUUAGAGGGAUUCUGCAAACUAGAUUUAAAGGGUUAAGUGGUGAAGUUCGAUAUCCAAAUGGGAGCUUGAUUUCAAGUGGAUUUGAGAUAGUGAACGUAAUCGGAACAGGGGUCAGAAGAGUUGGAUUUUGGCCUUAUGAAGAAGAAAAAAUCACGAAAGAGUCACUCCCACUUGGUAACAGAAGGAAUGAACUUUCCACAAACCAUCUGGAAACAAUCAUAUGGCCUGGAGGAUCAUCAACCAUCGUGAGAAGUUCCAAGAGGAGACUGAGUGGAAUUAAACUAAAAGUUGGGGUUCCAGUAAAAAUAGGGUUCAAGGAACUUGUGCGUGUGGAGCAUGAUCAACAAAGCAAUAGAACUCAUGUUACAGGCUUCUGUAUAGACGUAUUCGAAGCUGCAAUUAGAGGAUUGCCUUAUAAAGUACAUUAUGAGUUUAUUCCAUUUGACGAUUCCGUGUUAGUUGGGGGGUACAACGAUCUAGUUCACAAGGUUUAUCUACAGACAUAUGAUGCUGUUGCUGGAGAUAUAACGAUCACACAGAAUAGAUCUUUGUAUGUUGAUUUUACAAUACCAUUUACUGACAUGGGUGUGGGAAUCUUAGUACGGAAUGAAAAGGAAAACAAGUGGGUUUUCUUGGAACCUCUGUCAGCAAAUCUUUGGAUGACAAGUGGUGGUUUUUUUAUCCUAACGGGUUUUGUUGUGUGGAUAAUUGAGCGUCCUGUCAACCAAGAGUUCCAGGGAUCAACAUCGCAACAACUUGGAACAAUAUUCUGGUUCUCCUUCUCAACCCUUGUGUUUUCUCACAGGGAAAAGUUGUUGAACAACUUGGCCAAGUUUGUCACGAUCGUCUGGGUUUUUGUAGUGCUUAUAUUGACAUCCAGUUAUACUGCAACUUUAGCAUCAAUGCUGACAGUUAAACAGAUAAAUUUAAACUCAAGAGGUAACAAUAUAGCUGACCUUGUGAUUUUUGGAGGGCCGAAGCAGAAGUUGUAUCAUACAGUUGAACAAUUUGCUGAUGCUUUAUCAAGAGGAAGUAAGCAUGGUGGUGUUUCUGCUAUCAUCGAAGAGAUCCCAUACCUCAAAAUCUUCCUAGCAAAGUAUCCUGCUGACUACUCCAUGAUUAAACCCAAGUUAAUUACCAAUGGUUUUGGCUUUGUUUUUCCUAAAGGUUCUAAAUUAGUCCGUGACAUGUCGAGGCAAAUUGAAAUUUUAAGAGAAGAAGGAAAGCUUUUAGAGAUGGAAAAGGCCUGGUUUCAGAUCUCAGAUGCAGUGAAUAGUCCUAAUCCCGGUACUCUUAACCUCAGCAGCUUUCUAGGUUUAUUCCUUGUUACUGGCGUUUCUUCAGCUGCUGCUCUUAUAUUAUUCUUCAUUUUGUCCCUUAAAGAUAGAUGGCAUGUCCUAAAGAUAAGCACAGCUAUAUCCCUGAGUAGAGGACAGCUGAUGCAACUUAUAAGAAGGUCCUUUCUAACAAAUUAUCCAAUGCAGAUGAACACAUCAAUACACAGAUAGUGGAUUCAUAGUACGAAUUGAUUCUAUGGGACUUUAAUUAACUUGUUUUAGGCAGUGAUAUACAUUUUUCCCAAUAUUAUGUAUACUUGUAUAAUGCAUUCAUGAUUAGUUACUCCUGAUGAUCUUGGGACUUGGGCUGG